AUGGUGGGGUGCCUGCAGGCACGUGGGGUUCUGCUGCUCCCCGUGCUGCUGGUGGCGGCGGCAGUGUGCUGGAUGCCGUUUGACAGCAGCGUUGCUGGAGAGGUGACGCUGGAGGAGGACGAUGCGGGCGCGUUUCACAUCAACACGAGCGAUCCCAUGAGCCAGCCGGUGUUUCUGAACGGCCUGAAUGUGCACGAUACCCUCAGCAUGUUGAUGAGCACCGUGUCGGCGCAGCAGAGCCUCAACGCUGCGCAGGAGGGCGUGAUCGAUGCACAACGGAGUGCGAUUUCGGCUCAGCAGAGGGCGAUUGACCGUGUCCGUGGCGAAGUGUGCACCCCAAGUGCCACGACGAUUGGACAACUGAGCUCAACCACCAACAAGUGGCUUGGCGGUGUGUUGGCAAACAAUGGUUUCAUCUAUGCCGCACCGUACUACGCAUCCUCUGUGCUCAUCAUCGACCCCAGCACCAACACCAUCGAUACGACUACCAUCUCCGACCUUGGAACUGACUCGGGAAAAUGGGCGGGUGGUGUGCGGGCUGACAACGGCCUCAUUUACAUGUUCUCUUCACGAAGGGAAACGAUGCUUAUCAUUGACCCAAGUACCAACACCGUGGACACAUCAAGCAUCCACUCGCUUGGCUCCGGUGAAAAAAAAUGGUUUAGCGGGGUUGUGGCCAGCAACGGCCUCAUCUUUGGCAUCCCAUACUUUGCAACCUUCGUGCUGAUCAUUGAUCCCGAGACCAACACAGCUGACACCACCACGCUGUCCGGACUAAUGAGCCAGAGGUACAAGUGGUUUGAGGGGGUGCAAGCAGACAAUGGUUUAAUUUACUGCAUUCCCGUCUCAGCUUCCUCCGUUCUAAUCAUUAACCCAGACACCUUGGCGAUGGACCUCACAACCAUUAGUGGUCUGGGAACACACGUUAAGUGGCGUGGCGGGGUGCUUGCACACAAUGGCCUCAUCUACACCAUUCCCACUUACUCUGCGACGACACUGGUUAUCAACACCUCCACCAACGUCACUGACGUGCUUGUUGUUGUAGAUGCGAUGAGCUCUUCGAAGUGGAUUGGCGGUGUGCUCGCACCCAACGGCAACGUCAUCGGUAUCCCAUACAGGUCCUCAUCAGUCCUCAUCUUCGACCCAAGCAAUAACACCACCGACACUACGACUGUUAACGACCUUGGGGGCGACAACAAAUGGUGGGAUGGCGUGCUCGCCCAAAACGGCCUCAUCUAUGGCAUCCCACGCGAUGCUGAAUCUGUCCUCGUCAUCGACCCAGGGUGCUGA